AUGCAAAGUAUUUUGACAGCAUGUUUUGCACCAGACACUAAACACGCAGACGACUGGUUUGAAUUAAAUAGCACUCAUGAACUCCUCAGUGAGUUUGAACAUGUAGAACUUAAAAAGAUGUACCAAGACAGACAAAACUUACCAUCACAUCUAAAAGGUAUAUAUGUUCAUAAGUUCCUAGUUAGUUCAAUAGCAAUGUGGGCUUCACCUCGUUAUGCAAUCUACAUACUUAUGCUACUUGACGAACUUUGUACAAAACAGAGAGAAGAUAUGAUGAAAGAAGACAAAAACAUACAGAAAAGAAUACCACGUUCGGUACCAAAAGGAAAGGAAAAGAACUAUAAGUAUAUGAUUUACACUGAAGAGAUGGAAAAUGAAGAAGACAGAGAUAUGGUUAUGUUGCAUUUAGUCAGAAGAAACAACAAAAGCUUUUACGACCUUGCUAAGAUUUACAAAUCUGACAGAAAUUGGUUCUAUCGCGAAAACUUACCGAUUUCAAUGACACCGAAUGAAGAUGUUAAACAGAUAGUUCAAGAUACUUUACCUCAAACACACUAUGAUAUGAAAGGU